AAGGAGUGCACGUGUGGUGGUGAUGCGACGGGAAAGUGAUUUGCACAUCGAAGCCGAGAAUAUUGUGGUGUGCUGCUCCCUGCAAAGAGGCCACGUACCCCCUCUCUUUCCAGGAGUGCUGCACACCCUCUCCUCCCUCAUUGGCUCCUCCCCAUCGCCGUGGGACCAAUCACAACGCCCCAUCUACGCCUCCCAGAUACGCCACUUUUCCCACAAAUUUAUACAACUCUCCCAGGUAGCAUUUGUCCUUCGAAAAGAGAUAAGCAACAUACUAAAUUUGCUCCAAUCACCUUCACUUUCUGUUCCCCCAGUUACCCUAAACACGUGGCGCUCGCUCACCCAGCCACCGUGCUGCCGUUAUCAUUAUCGCUUCCGCUCCAUCUCUUAG